GAUUUCAGUGGAAACGAGUCCAACGACGAGACGCUCGAAGGCGUUGUGGAAGCGCUGGAAGCGGAUGAGGGCGUCGACGACGAGAAGCUAAUCGCGAAUCUCGCGAUCACCAGAACGGAGGAGACGAAGAACUCGUACCACAACUCAUACACACUGUAUGUCAUCGAAUACGACGCCCUCUUCCAGCAGACAAUUGAGGCGCCGAUCGGUGGCGACGACUGCGUCGACGAAGACAUCUGCGGCUAUCGCGAGAGGGUUACAGUCUAUCGGCGUUUCAGCGAAUUUAUGACAUUACAGAAGCUGUUGGACAGAAACAAGACAUUCCGGCGCCAAAUGAAGGGCAUUAAGAAGCCGUCGUCCAUACAGAUCACGGCUCAGAAUCUGUUGGCGUUCGCCGGCUCCGGGAACACACGGCUCGACCCGUCGACCAUUGAGUUCCGGCGCAUAUAUCUGCAGAACUUCUUGAGACAGCUGUGCAAUCGUAGAGCGAUUGUCGAUUCCCUCGAAUUCCAACAGUUCAUGGCCUUCGGAACCGAUGGGAGUAUAGCUUUUGUCGGCACGAAAUCCAAUUCACUGCUGAAUAUCGAUAGAGUUCUGUAUAAAGGAGUCAAAGGGGCGAUCAAUAUCAUGAAGACAGCGCUUCCAGUGGAGCCACAAAUCGGUCGAAUUGAUCCGAAUUUCGGCGAACGAAUGGUCGCCGAAAACGAGAAGAUAACCAUUUCGUCGAUCGGCACAGAAGUCGAGACCAAUCACUGCAUGCAAUUGGAGCGGAAGCUCAACAUUUGGGGCGAGUGUUGGCCCACAGAUGAGACACUUGUGGACUCAUUUGACUCGAGACGAGACGUGACGGUUGGCCACGAGUUAUGCGAAGAGAGCACAUCCAGUAUUAGCUCACAUCUGGGUCCGCGAUCUCUAGGCGACGGCUGCGAAGACCCGACCAAUGAAUCUCAAGAAGUCUGUAAUGAGAUGACGGAUAAUAUCACUGAAAUGGUGGACCAGAACUCGGAACUCACGACAACUACUUCUAGUCAUGCCAUCAAUUGUCUCAUACUUUUGUUGUCAAACAAAUCGGAUCCGAUUCGACGUCUGAUUCCUACAGAGCUCUUGGAAUCCAUAUUUGGCUCAAUUCUCCAAAAAUAUAUUAACCAUUUAUUGGCAGUAUUUGUGACGAAAGACGCGGUUGUGAAGCACAUCCAUUCCCUGCACUCAUCCAUUUGGCCACCGAUUCCAAGCGGUGACUCCUUUGACGUACAAAACGAAGUACAAACUGAACCGAACGUACAAAACGACACUUAUUUGGAGCAAACCCUCCGUAUUCUGGAUUCGCACGUGAAAUACACGUUGAAUUCAAUGAACGCCUACUUGUCGUACAUUUCGGACAAACUAUCGAUCGAUCGGUUUUUGUCGAACUCUUUAUCGAAACUAAUGAAUCGAAACUCGAAUAAACUAUUUGUUUACCGAUUCUUAGAACUGCUUCUCAAUGAAAUACAUGUCAAA